AUGGCAAUCUUUUCUAAAACUAUGAAAUCACAUUCGGCUCCCACCAUGGAAGACAAAGAGUCUAACAAUGCUCAUGUUGAAGAUGUUGACUCCCUUAAAGUGGCAGAGGAGAAAGCUCAAGGGGAUUAUUCUGGGGCUACAGCCAAGAUUGACCCGGCGGAAAUCAAACUCGUGCGCAAAUUGGACUUGAGAAUCAUGCCCAUUCUGUGGGCAAUGUAUUUUCUGAACUAUAUCGAUCGCAAUGCUAUCGCUAAUGCACGUCUCAACAACCUCGAAGAGGAUCUUGGUCUUGUCGGAACACAGUACAACACCUGCAUCUCGAUAUUGUUUGUCGGGUAUCUCUUGAUGCAAAUCCCGUCGAACAUGAUCAUGUCCACAAAGAAGUUCCGACCAUCUCUAUACAUGAGCGGGUGCAUGGCAACAUGGGCUAUAGUCUCGGCUUGUACGGCUUUGACAAAAAGCUACAUCGGUCUUCUACUUGUUCGAUUCUUUCUGGGGGUCACUGAGGCUCCGUUUUAUCCGGGUGCGCUGUUCCUGCUGUCAGUCUUCUAUACGCGCAAGGAAAUUGCUCUGCGCAUUUCCAUCCUGUAUACUGGCAAUAUUGUUGCCACCGCUGUUGCUGGUCUGAUCGCAGCUGCAACUUUCGCGACUUUGGACCAGCACAUGAAUAUCAAAGGAUGGCAGUGGCUUUUCAUCAUUGAGGGCGCGGUUACGUUUGGUGUUGCCGGUCUCGGCAUUUUCAUGCUCCCAGAUCACCCACUCACAACACGAUGGCUGACCCCGGAAGAGCGCCAGCUUGCCCACGACCGCAUUCAAAGAGAUACAGUCAGCAGCGAGGAGUCGAAGGGUGCUCUCGCCGGCUUGAAGCAAGCCAUGGCCGACCCACGCGUGUACCUCUUGGCUUUUAUGCAGAACAUGCAUCUGAGCGCAUGUGGUUUCAACAACUUCUUCCCGACUGUCGUUGGAAGUCUCGGGUUUAGCAGCACAAUCACCUUGGUUUUGACAUGCCCUCCAUAUGUGUUCUCCGGAAUUUGCUGUAUCAUCGUUGGUAUCACCUCUGGUCGGUACAAUGAGCGGACAUGGCAUAUCACAUUAUCCAUGGGUGUCGCUGUUGUAGGAUUUAUUAUAUCCUGCGUGACGCUGAACAAAGGUGCAAGAUAUGUGGCUUGCUUCCUCUUUGCCAGCGGUGCAUACGCCGUCAAUUCAGUCAUUUUGGGCUGGGUGUCUGCUACACUGGGCCAGACUCCAGAGAAGAAAGCCGCUUCGAUUGGCUUUAUCAACGUUGUGGCCAAUGCGUCUUAUAUUUACACAGCCUACCUCUAUCCAAAGAGUGAUGGGCCUCGUUACUUGACUGGAAUGUCGGCCAACACGGCAUUUGGAAUUGCAACUAUUGGAAGUGCUUGGGCGUUGAGGUGGUGGCUGCAGAAUACAAACAAAAAGAUUAGCAGGGGUGCUCUGCCUGGUGCUGCCGAUGUUCGUUAUGCCUAUUGA